GGCCCUGCUGAAGUCCAAAUAGACAACAUCCACAUCCUUUCAUGUAUCCACCAGGCGGGUCACCUGGUCACAAAAGGAGAUCAGGUUGGUCAAACACGACCUACCCCUCCUAAACCCAUUCUGGCUGGGUCUGAUCCCCUGGCCAUCCUGUAGGGGCUGCGUGAUGACACUCAAUAUAAACUGCUGCAUUACCUUACUGGGUACUGAGGUCAGGCUGACUGGCCUGUAAUUACCAGGAUCUUCCUUCCCACCCUUUUUGUGAAUGGGCAUCAUAUUGGCCAGCUUCCAGUUAUCUGGAACCUCACCAGUGAGCCAGAAUUGUUGGUAAAUGAUGGAGAGUGGCUUCAAAAGCUCAUCUGCCAGCUCCUAAUCACCCUGGGAUGGAUCCCAUCUGGGCCCAUAGAUUUAUAAACAUCCAAGCCGUUCAGCAGUUCUCUGACUGCCUCCUCCUGGAUAUCAGGGGGACCAUUCUGCUCCCUGACACCAUCUACCAACCCGGGAGGACAGUUGUCCUGAGGACAAGCCAUCUUCCCACUAAAGACUGGGGCAAAGAAGGCAUUAAGCACUUCUGCCUUCUCCUCAUCUGCAGUUACUAAGUUCUCUCCCACAUCCAGUAGAGAACAGAGGUUGGUCUUACCCUUCCUUUUGCCAUUAAUAUAUUUGUAAAAACAUUUUUUAUUAUCCUUUACAAAAGUUGUCAAAUUAAGUCCAAACUGAGCUUUGGCCUCUCUAAUUGUUUUCCUGCAUGCCUUAGCAACCCCCUUAAAUACUUCCUGAGAGACCUGGCCAUCAUUCCAAAGAUGAUACGUCCUCUUUUUAUUCCAAAGUUCCUUCAAAACCUCCUUGCCCCUCCACACUGCACAUUUGCCUCGUUGACUCAUCUUUCAGCACACAGGGACAGUCUGUUCCUGUGCCCUCAAGAUUUCUGUUUUGAAGGAUGCCCACCAUUCCUGGACUCCUUUGUUUUUAAGGGCUGCUUCCCAAGGAACUCUCCGAAUAAGUCUCUUAAAUAGGCCAAAGUUUGCCCUCCAGAAGUCCAGUGUAAGAGUCUUACUGAUGUUCCUCCUCAUCUCAUCAAAUAUCAAGAACUCUAUAAUUUCAUAAUCACUAUGCCCCAAACGGCCUCCAACCACCACAUCUCCCACCAGCCCAUCUCUAUUUGCAAACAACAGGUCUAACAUAGUUCCUCCCCUGGGGGGCUCACCCACCAGCUGUGACAAAAAGUUGUCCUCCACACUCUAAGAACUUCCUGGACUGCCUUUUUUCUGCUGUAUUAAGUUCCCAGCAGAUAUCUGGUAGGUUGAAGUCAUCUACAAGAACACGGCUGGUGAUCCUGAGACAUUCUCCAGCUGCUUAUAGACUAAGUUGUCCACCUCUUCUUCCUGCUUGGGUGGACGAUGACAGACUCCCAGCAAGAUGUCAGCCUUGUUGGCCUUCCCCUUAAUUCUUAUCCAUAGGCAUUCAACUUCAUCAUUAGUUUAAAUACCCGUGGCAUCAAAAGCCUCCCCAGUAUAACAGGCCACUCCCCCACCUCUUCUCCCUUUCCUGUCUCUUGUCAAGAGCUUGUAGCCAUCCAGUGCGGAGCUCCAGCUAUGUGAGUCAUCCCACCAUGUUUCCAUGGUGGUGACUACAUCGUAGCUUUGGUGCUGUACCAUGGCUUCCGGCUCUUGUUUGGUACACAUGCUGCGUGCCUUGGUAUACAGUCACUUCAGCUGGGCUGCUGAUUUCACCCCUAACUCAGGCCUACCACCCUUGGGCCUGCUUCCAGACAGCCCAGCUGCAUCCCCUUCCCCCUUCGAACCUAGUUUAAAGCCCUCUCAAGAAGUUCUGCCAAUUCAUGAGUUAAAAUCCUUCCACCCUUAACAGAGAGAUGCAGCCCAUCCAGUUCCAGCAGGCCAGGUGGCAAAAAAAUUGCCCUGUGAUCAAAGAACCCAGAAUUCUGCUGAUGACACCAACCCUUGUGCCACUUGUUGAUAAUGUGGGUUCUCCUAUUCAUCAUUUUUCUGAUGAGGGACUGAGCAGAACACUGUGCUCCUGCCCAAACACUUGACCCAGUGCCCUAAAACCCCUUUUAACUGCCCUGACACUCCUCUUUUCAAUCUUAUCACUGCUAGCCUGAAGUAUUAUCAGUGGGUAAUAAUCAGAGGCUGAAUCAGCCCAGUGAGUCUCUCAGUAAUAUCCCGCACAGUAGACCUCCCUGUGGGAUGGGUCCAGUCGACAUAUGGGGCCCUCUGUUCCCCUCAGAAGGCAGUCACCCACUAUGACUACCCUUUUUUUCUUUUCUUUUUACUGUUAGAGGUGGUGAUCUGUCUGACAGAUGAAGCAUAAUAGAGAGGCCCACUGGGCAGCUCAUUUUCUUCUACAUCAUCUGGCUGACCCUCUAGAUCCAGGGCCUCAUACCUGUUCUGAAGUGGCACCUGGGUAGGUGAUGGGGGUCGGGAGGAAUUUUUAUUACCUCCCCAAGUAGAGACCCAUUUCCACUCCUCUUCAUCCACAAGGUGUCCUCCUAUUGCCUGACAGUGGGAGGCACGGGAGUCCUCUGACUCCUGGUGGGCCUCCCUUGAAGGAUGGAAGGGUGGAACUCAACCAAUCCAUCUCCCUUUCACUUUCCCUAAUACUCCUUAGUCUUUCAACUUCCUCUAAGCUCAGCCACCAGCAAGAGAUCAUUCACCUGUUCACACUGCAGGUAGGUUUCUUCUGCAAUGCCCCCUGGUACCACUGAUGGGCUCAAACACUCUGCACAGGAAGGAGUCUGGACGGAUGCAUCCUUUUUGGAAGGUUCUAUUUCACAACGUACACUUUUACUAACUGCAGUUUUACAUUGUGUAAAAACCAUUACUAACAAAACACAAAACCCCAAAACCAACCAACCAACAAAACCACAACAAACAAUGAACUAAAAACCCCAUUAGCAGGAGGAAACCUGCAACCCUGCCUGCUUGCCCUGCCUGCAUGAACUACCACACAAACUACCCUGCCACACCCCCAUUUACCCACUCCUGUUUGCUGCGCUCCCUAGAGCCCUCUUUUAAUCAGGUGGCCACUCGCUGGAGGAAAGCUCCACCCUGCGUUUGCGUGGCUAAUGAGAACCAAGGAUGUGAAUUGCUAUUAAUUUGCUUUCUGUUUUAUAGCUGCAGAAUGCCUCAAGCCCUGGGCAAUAGCAGUUCACAGGAACAGGCUGCCGUACAUUAUGCAUCAGAAUCAAUUGUCUCCAUUGUUAUCUUCACCACUGUUUUCAUCAUUGGUAUCCCAGGCAAUGGGUUGGUGAUCUGGGUAGCUGGUCUGAAAAUGAAAAGGUCUGUGAACACUGUCUGGUUUCUAAACCUUGCUGUGGCUGAUAUCAUGUGCUGCUUGUCCUUACCAUUUUUUGUUGUUCACCUGGCCCUCCAUGAACACUGGCCCUAUGGCUGGUUCCUCUGCAAAGUCAUUCCGUCAGUCAUAAUCUUCACCAUGUUUGCUAGUGUCUUCCUACUUGUGGCCAUCAGCAUUGAUCGGUGCCUCCUGGUGAUGAAACCCAUCUGGUGUCAGAACCACCGAACAGUGAAAUUUAUAUCACUAAUAUGCAGUGGCAUAUGGAUGCUGGCCGUCAUUUUCUGCUGCCCUGUUUUCUAUUAUCGUGAGACAAGCACUUACGCUGGCAAAACAGAAUGCGGGUACAAUUUUGGAGUCGAUGAUUACAUAGAUGAUCCUGUAAAUAUGUCUUUAUAUGAGGUAUGGGAAGAAUACUCAUCCUACAAUGGUAGUGACUUGUGGGGAGAUACCAAUAAUUAUUCUGUACCCCUUACCUUGGCAGUAAUGAACAUCACUAGGGCUGUCUUUGGCUUUGUGCUCCCCUUUGGCAUAAUGGCAGUUUGCUACAUCCUCAUUGCUUUCAGAACACGUGCAAAUCAGUUUCAAAAGCCACGCAACAGGACACUGUGAACAGUUGUGUUUGUGGUAGCUGCAUUCUUCAUCUGCUGGGCUCCAUACCAUAUAGUUGGGAUUCUCUCCGUUAUACCUAGUCUUGGAACAGGACUGAUGGAGUCACUGAUCCUGUGGGACCACCUUUCUACAGCACUUGCAUAUGCCAACAGCUGCAUCAACCCCCUGCUUUAUGUUUUUGUGGGACAGCACUUCAGGGCAAAGGUACGGCAAUCAGUGCAAAGAAUCUUGGAAGGUGCCUUUAGUGAGGAACUCACAUCUUCAACCCUUCACAGAAGCCAGACUUCAGCAGAGAAGAAUCUGAGCAGCACCUUGUAAUGCAGUAUUUCCUACCACCAUUGUAGAAAGAACAAGCUCCAGUGCUGCACAUCAUUCACUCUCUGCUUAGCAGGUGGCUUUGCCCCAAUAUGCUUGAUUAAUCCGCAGCUCCAACCCAGGAUACUGCAAUCAUUCAGCUCAUGACAGAUAACCCCCUUUAUAUUCUAGAGAUGGGAAGUUGGAAGCACCGAAAGUAAUAAUCUGAGGGAUGACCGGUGAAGCAGAAGACACAGUAUUUUAACCUAUGCAGACUAUUUUAAGCAAGCAGAGCUAGCUGCAGAUUUGUGGUGGGAAUUAUGUAGCUGAACCUCUCAAUUGAGAUAAGAAUGUUAUUUGCAUAUGUCUGUGUUCUACAUCUCCCAUCUCUGAUAAAGUGCAGAUAAAACUAACUUGGAUGUUGCUCCUUCCUUGGAAGGUCAUCACAUCUUUCCUCUGAAUCUACUAGGGCUCUGAAGUGAGUGUAGGAAUAUCUGAAGAUUUCCCUAGAGGGUACUGCUGUACUUCCUUACAGCCAUGCAU